CCAGUGCCGCUCGCUCGUGUCAGGGCCCCAAUGUCCCCCUCAAAACCCGGUGUGUCCAGCGCCUGAGGGUCUAAAUGAGCUUCCAGCCGAGAAGGGAGGGGUUGAGGUGUAGGUUCCCUCCGCUUGGCAGCAGCAUAAGAUUUUUUAAUUCUGCUCUGAGCACAACAGGAGCCUACGAAGACCUGUGCUAAUUGGAAGACCUGUACUUCAAGCCCAGCAGGGAACGUUGUGGUCUUACUUCCACUCAUUUUCCUGCUUCUGAGUCUCCCAAUUUACCAAGCCUCCCUUCAGAGCUGCUUUUAUGCUUCAGGCAGCGACCUCCCCCUGUGGCUCUUAGUUCUUGUCCUCACUUGCUCUUCUCUGUGGGCGCAGGUGGGGCGGCUGUGGCAGCUCAGUCGUCCUGGGUACUGAUGGAGCUCCCCCUCAGCAAGACGGAUUCUCAGGGUCUCAGGAGAUGCCACGGGUCCCUCUGGACCUUCUGGAGCACCGAGGCCACCUUGACCUUCAUGGUGGGAUAUGUGGAUUCUACAGGACCUGCCAUGCUGUUGGAGACUGAAGGAAGGGCCUGGAAAUCACCAACUUCUCAGACUCCAGUCCCCGGCUCUACCUCUUCUGCCGCACGUCACCAUGGCAGGAUCUCUUGGCGCUUCGUGUGGUCCGAGGGCAGAACUUACAGUGCUGGAGAUCAACCAGGAGCUGCACUUAGAGCUGACCAAACAGAAGCAGGACUUCCGAGAUCUCACCCAGAAAUUCCUUGUAUGCCAAGCUACUACCUACUGCCUGGCCAACCAGCUGCAGAAAUACAAGUGUGAAGAGUACAAGGACAUCAUUGAAUCCGUGCUGGGGGAGAAGCUGCAGUUCCGGGUGGUGAAGUUGGCAGAGCAGCUGGCAGAGAAGCUGGCAGAGAAGCCAGUGCUAGCUGACGAGAGGUUCAGGGAAUACGAUACCCUAAUUUGCUCUCAGGCACGAGAGCUGACCCAGUUACGGCAGAAAUUAUGGGACGGGAGAGAAGACUCUAUCCUGCUCAUUCAACAACUCAGGGACGUCCUCACCCACAAUGACCUUGACAACAACCCGGGCCAGGGCUUCCGAGAGCAGCUGACCGAGGGAUGCAGGCUGGCAGAGCGCCUUGCCCGCAAGCUCAGCCCAGAAAUUCAUGAAGAUGAGGAAGAUGAACUAGAAGAAGAAACACUCACCCCCAGCAUUGAGCAAGAGGAGUUGGAGGAGGAGUUGCUCCAAGAGUCCCAGGAUGAAUGUGUUUUGAAUCCCUCAGUUCUCCAAGAAGGAUCUGACUGCAACCGGCUAGACAGUGAAGGCAACUUGCCAUUUGAUGAAGAGAAAGUCAGCCGUGCUCCGGAUGUAGCUGGUGCUUGCUCCCAUGUUGCAGAAGAUCCAAUUCCAGCUGACCUCCCAGAAAAUCAGAAUGAGUGUGACGAAGCAGCUGGACAAGAGGCAGUGUCCCCCAGCAUGGAUCUACUGGAGGUUCAGAAUGACGACGUGCUCCAGGAGUCCCGCGAUGAAUGUGUUUUGGCGCCUUCCAUUCACCAGGAAGGUUCUGACUGCUAUGAGAAGUGCAUUGAUGGAAAAUUUGCAUUUCCUGAACAGAAAGUGCUGUGUGCUCUGGAGGUAGCCUGUGGUUCCUCGCAUGUUAAAGCAGAUGCAAUUGGAACUGACUUCCCAGGUAGUCUGCAUGAUCUUUGCUCCGCACAAUCUGUCUUGUCUCGGAGAAUUCGUUGUCAUGUGUGUAACAGUCCUGUUAAUUCAUUUACAGAAAACCAAAAUGAUCAAGAUGGGGUGAAAGGAGUAGAGCCAACUAUCUGCAGGCUCAGCACGGAGCUGCCGCAGAUGGUAGAGGAUGACAUCCCACGGCACUCAGUGGAGGAGUCCUAUUUGACUUACUCAGCUCUUCCUGACCUGUCAGACUCCUUCUGGCCUUAUAGGAGCACUGCCAUCUACUCAUUUGAGGGAUUGGAACUCUCUUAUGCUCGGGAUGUCACCAAAAAUCAUACUGUUCUUGAGGAAGAAGAGGAACAAGACCAAAUAUGUUCCAGCGCACCUGACCCCAGAAGGCUCAGUAGUGAGCAGCCGGUGGUAGAAGAGAAUGAAGGCCCACAGGACUCACUGGAUGAAUGUUAUUUGACCAGUUCUGUUGGCCAUGACCUGUCAGACUCCUGUAGGCCUGACAGAGGUGCCUCAUUCCCUUGGGACCAACAGGGAGUCUUCUCAGCGCUUGCUGUACAUGGUGACUCCUGGGAGGACCGUCGCCAAGGGCCUUUGAGUUUCCAAGGGUCAGAGAUGGAAGCUUCACAAGCACAACUGCAGACAAGCACCCAGGUGACCCAUCACCUGCAGCUGCAGCGGGACCAGCAGUUUGACUGUGGUGACGGCAACGCCAGGCUCGGCCUUCCCUCCACCGUGUGGGGCUUCACAGCCAACACUGAGUUUGGAGACCAAGGGCUGCCCCUGCAAGAGCUGGGUUUGGAUGCUUCCAUCGGAAUGAAGAUCCCUCCCAAGGUGGAGGGCGAGGGCUCAGCUACCAGCCAGCAUGAACGUCAAGUCUCUAGCAACAGUAAUGCCUCCAGUGUCCUGAAGCAGAAGAUUCUGCGAAGAAAACUGCUGCGCAGCAAGUGGAGAAUAGCAUGCAGGUUCCCUGGCCUUCAAGCGUAGGGGACAGAGCACCAGCCUCGGGCUCCCCCUUCAGCCCCUCCUCUCAAGAGGAUCCCAGCCUGCUCCUGACUCUUGUCACCAUGUGGUCAUCCCUCCAGGCUCAGCCGUCAGCAGAACCCAACGAAGACCCACAUUUGAUCCCUCUGUCUCUCUCUCUGUCCCUCUCUCUAUCUCUCCUAUGUCUCUCCAUCUCUCCCCUGUCUCUCUUUCACAGUUAACGCAUUAUUUUCGGUACUCUGAAAAGAUUUUGCCAAUUUGAAGAAACCACAUCAUCAAAUUUACCUUUCCCACUAGAUGUAAACUAUCUGCAACAGAAAAUCCGGUUAAAGUCCAAACUGAACACUGCAGGGAUGCUUUGCUGAGAAUCAACAUCACAAUCACCAGCCACAAUCCAUGAUUUUUACUCCAAAGGACUGAUUUGAUGGGAGAAAUCCCAGGCAUCAGUCCCCAAAUGUGACCCAGUGCUAAGGAGACCAGUGCUUUGCUGGAUGCACAGCUGUGAGAGACUUUAACACUUGCUUCUCUGAAUUGCCAUCCUGCACACACUGGCAUCUGGAGCAGCUGGAAGAAGGCAACAUGUCAGCCUGGACAAUCUUUGCCACCAGAUGGGCUGUGCUCGGUGCAGGUGCCAUUAACCAUGCAGUGUCCGUGCUGAAAAGGUUUCGCUUGAGUUUCGUCAUGAGGCAGUUAUCAGACAACUGCAGAAUCUACACCACUGAACAGGACAACUGGCCUGUCUUUUUGAAACAGGCAGUGCCUCCACAAAUUAGAUGACAGAAAGGAGAAGAGAUGUUUUGGGUUCCAAAGAACUAAAGAGAUUGUGCUGCUAUAUUUCUUUAGUCCUUUUGAACCCAAACCCUCUCCUCACCUUUCUGUGGUUGUCUUUAAUGGUGGUGACAUUGACUUGUGUGCAGAACACAGGUCAGUCGUCUGGCUCAAAGGUCUACAUUCUGCAGUUGUCUGACCCCUUCCUCAUCAUUAAACUCAGGCCAACCCGUCUGCCAAUGAUGCCACUUACUGAACGCUGUUUGCUUCCUGGCACAGCCCCUCUGGAGAGUAAGCACGUCCACUUUGCGUGUCACCACUCUUGUCCUCUUAGCAUUGAACACUUCGUCAUGGAGGCAGGAGCCAGUGAGAUCCGUUCAUUGGAACACACGUUUCUCUGUGUAGAGUCAGUGAUUUGAUGAGUAGUUCUCUGAGAGUGAAUAAAUAUCUUAUUCUAUGAUUGUCAUUCUCUAAACUGUUGCCAUCCCUGAUCGAUCCCCGAUGUGUGUCAAUUACCAUAUUUGUGUUUGUGAAGCAGAAAUUUUCCAGUGCAGUCAUUCUGUUCAUUUGUACUGCUGGCGUUGUGCUGUGGAAAAGACAAUCCCUACCCCUUCCAUUUAAGUAAAAGUUCUUUGGGGUUUUACUGUGA